AUGGCUACUCGUAAGAAGGUACUUUUAAAAGUUAUUAUUCUCGGUGAUAGUGGCGUUGGUAAAACAUCACUUAUGAAUCAAUUUGUAAAUCGAAAAUUUACAAAUCAAUAUAAAGCAACAAUUGCUGGCCAAGAACGGUUUCAAAGUUUAGGUGUUGCGUUCUAUCGUGGUGCUGAUUGUUGUGUAUUAUGCUAUGAUGUCACCGCACCAAACAGUUUCAAAGCAUUAGAAAGUUGGAGAGAUGAGUUUCUCAUUCAAUCCGGCCCACGAGAUCCAGAGAAUUUUCCAUUUGUUGUUAUUGGAAAUAAAAUUGAUCUUGAAAAUCGAGUGAUCCAAACACGAAAAGCACAGAGUUGGUGUCAGGACAAGAAUUCUAUUCCAUAUUUUGAGACUAGUGCCAAAGAAGGUGUCAAUGUUGAAAAAUCAUUUGAAACAGUGGCACGAAAUGCAUUAGCCCGAGAAAAAGAACAAGAUUCAUACACAGAUUUUCCAACACCAAUCAGAAUACCACAUCAAGAAGAAAAACCAAGCAAUUCAGGUGGUUGUCCUUGUUAA